UGCUGCCUUUUGUGUGUCUCGUGAACCGUAGACACCGCCCCUCCUACCCACCCUCCCUCCGGUAGGAACAGCAGACUGUCGGUUAGGUCCACUGCCUGUAAACACAUCACAACCACAAUGAACCGAAACGGCGAAGUUACCGGGCCUCGCGUUCCGUCGCCACUAACGUUGACCAUGUAAACCGACGAGUAAGUCCGUGUUCUCGAGCGGUUCAGCUGUGGAUUUUGGACACAGUAUCUGGACCUGUCAACGCUGUGGCCGCUGCUUUCACAGCCUGUUUUCAUGCGGACGUUGUCAUAAUGGUCGCCGGUUGAGUUGUGUGAACCAAAGGUAGCCCGUUAACAGUUGAACAAAACACCCCGGUGUGUUUUUCACCCUGUGACCACUCGCUAAGCUACAGACAUUUCAGGGGAACUUGAACAUGGCAUCGGCCGCAGAGCACGACCUGGCUCUGUCUGAGGCGGACAGCAGCAAAGAGAAGGCUCAGGUGUUUGGAAUACUGAGGUUGCAGGAGGAGAAGUGUGCAGCUGGAGACAAAGCUAACAGUAGCAGCACAAUGAGAGGAGCAGCAGCAGCAGCAGCAGGAGGCAGCGGAGGGGUUGACGGUCGGUGGCAGGCUCCUAUCUUCGCUUUGGCCAGGAAAGCAUCCGAAACCAUUUCAGGGAGCAUUCAUGUGCUGCCCAAAGUGUCGGAGCACAGGACGUCUCUGCCUGGGGAGUGGACCGUCCAAGCUAUGCGAGACCCCAUGGCCAUGGAACGAGCCAACCUGCUGAACAUGGCCAAGCUGAGCAUUAAAGGCCUGAUUGAGUCGGCUCUGAGCUUCGGACGCACACUGGACUCGGACUACCCGCCCCUCCAACAGUUUUUUGUUGUCAUGGAGCACUGUCUCAAACAUGGUCUCAGAGUAAAGAAGUCAUUUCUGGGCUUUAACAAGUCUCUGUGGGGUCCUCUGGAGUUGGUGGAGAAACUGUGUCCUGAAGCAGCAGAGAUUUCAGCAUCUGUCCGCGACCUGCCAGGACUAAAGACGCCUUUAGGCAGAGCCAGGGCCUGGUUGCGUCUCGCUCUCAUGCAGAAACGACUGGCCGACUAUCUGCGACUUCUCAUCACCAGAAAAGACCUCCUCAGUGAUUUCUAUGAGAACUCAGCACUGAUGCUGGAGGAGGAGGGAGCCGUGAUCGUGGGCCUGCUGGUGGGCCUGAACGUCAUCGAUGCUAACCUGUGUGUCAAAGGAGAGGACCUGGACUCCCAGGUCGGCGUAAUCGAUUUCUCCAUGUACCUGAAAAACGACAUAGAUGAUUACAGGAGUGAAGAGAGGAACAGCCAGAUAUCAUCCAUCUUGGACCAGAAGAACUAUGUAGAGGAACUGAAUCGACAACUGAACUCCUCAGUCCAUGGUCUCCAGGGAAGAGUUGACUCUUUGGAAAAGUCCAACUCCAAACUCAUAGAGGAGUUAGCCAUAGCCAAGAACAACAUCAUUAAACUGCAGGAAGAGAACCAGCAGUUGAGGAGUGAAAACAGCCUUAUUCUCCUGAAAGCACAACAACAUUUAGAGGUAACCCAAGGCGAUGUAUCAUUGGAGAGAGACACGUACAAACAGUCUCGUCAGGGUUUGGACGAGAUGUACAACGAGGCUCGGAGACAGCUGAAGGAGGAGUGUCAACUCAGACAGGAUGUGGAGAAUGAGCUGGUCGUCCAGGUGUCAAUGAAACAGGAAAUGGAGCUGGCCAUGAAACUUCUGGAGAAGGAUAUUCAUGAAAAACAGGACACAUUGAUCGGCCUGAGACAUCAACUGGACGAGGUCAAAGCCAUCAACGUCGAAAUGUACCAGAAGAUGCAUUCGUCCGAUGAGGAGAUGAAGAAGAAGAACGAUAUGAUCAGUCGCCUGGAGGAGAAGACCAAUCAGAUCACUGCCACCAUGAAGCAGCUGGAGCAAAGCGAUAAGGACCUGCUAAGUCAGACCAGAACGCUUGCUAUGUCAUUUGUUAAGUGUGCCAGCGCAGACACGGAGCACCAGUACAAACUAGUGAAGGACAUCUCCUUCUGAGGACACACAUGAUUGUUUAAUGACCACAUGGACUUAACUAAGGAACACUACUGUUUUGUUUUGUUUUCGGGUUUGUUUUUUUGCACAUAAUAAUAUUUAGAUGGUUUUCUGGUGGAAAUGCAGCCACAGAAUACGUCGUAACUGGAAAUGCAUUGUUUUUGUCCUUUACUUCCUGAAACAUGAUGAUCGUGAACAUCGGCAGAGCGCUGCGAUUUGUAGAGACUGGCUGAUAACGUGUGUCGUGAUCUGUAGUUAGAUUGCAGUCAUACGGCCUAAUCAAUUAUCUCACCUUUUCUUACUUAAAGCUGCAGUAGGUGGGAUUGCUAGAAAAAUAGAUGAUUGUUCAGUUGAAAUUUCAUCCCCAGUUUACUCCAUUUAAUAUUGACAAGCAUUUAUUGUCCAUCUCAAGUGAAGUCUUUAGAACAGCCAAUAAGAGGCUUCCUUUCUUUCUUUCUUUCUGAGCUUGUCUGGGCCAGUUUUUCCCAAGGCUAUAAACCCAGCGUAUAGGAGGUGAAUAAGUCUGGUUUUCUCUCGGAUCACUUAAUCACAUUAUGCUGAAAUGUUAUACGAGAUGGAGAGCACAAACCUCUGCUCAAAGGCCACUCGAUUUCCCACAGUGUCAACACACUCUCCCUAAUGAAUACUUGUUUAAAAAGAAAUCCUGAAUAUGAUAAACGCAGCCAAAAACACAAUCUCCUUUGUGGGAAAUGGGAAAUGACACUUAAAUAUUCAUUCUACUCCAGUUUUAACAUAAGGUUGUGUGUAGUCAGUGAGAGAACUGCCUGAAUAUUACCUCAGUUAUACUUAAAAAAUAAUGUGGAGAAACAUUUGAAUUUAUUCAUAAUACUUUAUUAAUUCACUCACAUGCUCACACGUACAUACACACAUGCUUGGCAAUUGUUUUCAGCUCUGAAUUGUAAUUUUAAGAGUCUCUGAUGUUGUUGCUGUUCACUUCAAGUUAGAAUGAGCUGCUCAUAUGUGGAGUCACUGUAGUGUUUACAGUAGGGACAAGCCUAAACGUACUGUAUAUGGGAGUCAGACCUCAGGAGUGAGGUUCUGUGUGUUCUGCACAUCCCUCCUCACCUGACCUGCUUCUGACUGGCUGCGAUGACCCUCAAUAGGUGGGUUUUCUUCAGCUCGUUUUUAUGUGCAUACAUGUAAACGUAUCUUGAAAUAUUGGAGGUUUUUACUCGUGAUGCAGGUGGAAAUGUUGCAGAUCGAUAAAAGGCAAAUGCACAUUAUGUUCAAAGGGAACAGAGUCUGCAAAAUAAAGGAUGAUGUCACUUCUGCUUUCACAUUUCGCUGCACUGAUAAAAUGGCAGAAACAAGAGCAGGUAUGAUUGAACACAACAAACAUUCCUAGUACAGUAGUACAGUAAAAGAUUGAAUAAACGACAGAAACCAAACAAAUUUGCUUUUUUUUUUAGGAUAUGUGUUUUAAAUAACAUCAAAUGAAGUUAGUAAUUAAUUUCUUACCAGUUUACCUAUUCAAAAUGGAAUUAGGUGUCAGGUCUCUUUUCAUGAUUUAUAUCGGGAUUUGCAUCACGAUUGUGUGCCAUUUUUAAAAAGUAUAGAAAAUUUGGGAAACAUUCAUUAUAACAUUAUAACAGUUGCACUUUCAUGUACUUUUACUGUGAAACCGAACUUAAAAUUAGCUACCUUCCGCUUAUCUCAAUGAACUUGUCGCUCUAAACAAAAUAUCAGCAGUAAAUGUGCAAUUUCUUUUACGAAUAUUUUCAAAAUAUGGUGAAGAUUUGUGAUAGAUUGAUGGAAAAUAGGUCACUGUAUGUACCGUAGAUUUCAGGCACCGUCGCUAGUUUGUCGUCACAGCAAAUCCAAAUGACAUAAAAUGACAUUUAUGAUUUUUGGGAAGUAUACAGAGCAAACAUCUCACUACACUACAGUCUCAGAGGAUUAAUGCAGUGAACUGUACCUUUAUAAAAGACACAGUGUAUCGUUUAUAUGUUCCGUUUCCUCUGAAGAUUCACCUUUAACUGAAGAGGUUUAAAGAUCUGAUUUUAAAGACACAUGUGCUUAGAGUCACUGAGAUGAACUGUUCCUACUAAACUCUAAGACCUUGAAGCUUCUGAAUGUGAUGUUGUGUCUCGUUUUGGCGUAUUUAUUGACUUUUGUGAUAAUAUCAGGAAGUAAUCGAUCGACUUAUUCUAACUCCACAUUCUGCAAAAAGUUCUGAAACUCACUCACAACUACUGUCUUUUACCACCAUGACAAAUAAAGUUAGAUGUUUUGAAA